UUUUAUCAAUGAUUAACUCUCUGGAAGUUAACCUUCCCUCACGACGGUCUACAAUAACAUUCUAAACUGUUCCCUGAUCAGCUUCAGCUGUGAGCCCUCUGCAACUUUUACUCUGCUUUGAAACUCCUCGUUGUACUUAACCGACCAAACUACCUUCAUAAUGACAUUCUGAUCUCAGGUACACAGCAUCUUGUUCCAUACAAACCAGAAAUACCAGCUUCCCAGCUUCUCCAAGUCUCCACGGAGGGUUUUGUCUAGAGGUCAGCAACCGGCUGCAACCGGCUACACCCCCCCCACACACACACACAGACAGUAGGACUCAAAUAUAUCUGUCUAUCACUGAUGCCAAACCUCCACUGGGAGUAGAAUGGUUAAAAGCCAUGGCAAACAGUAAUCAGCAGUACCCAUCCUCCUCUACUCAUGAUGAUGUCAACCUGGGACCUUCAGCAAACCCUCAUGCCAGGCCAACUGACUUCGACUUCUUGGCUGUCAUUGGCAAGGGGACAUUUGGAAAGGUCCUGCUUGCCAAGCUGAAAGCGGAUAACAAAUUCUAUGCUGUCAAAGUACUGCAAAAGAAAGUCAUUUUGAAGAAAAAAGAGCAAAAGAACAUUAUGGCAGAAAGAAAUGUGCUGUUGAAGAGUCUGAAACAUCCAUUUCUGGUUUGUCUCCACUACUCCUUCCAGACACCAGAGAAACUCUACUUUGUUCUUGACUAUGUGAAUGGAGGAGAGUUGUUUUUUCACCUGCAAAGGGAAAGGUGUUUCUCAGAGCCCAGAGCAAGGUUCUAUGCAGCCGAGGUAGCAAGUGCUGUUGGCUAUCUUCACUCUCUUAACAUAAUUUACAGAGAUUUAAAACCAGAGAAUAUUCUCUUGGACUCCCAGGGACAUGUAGUGCUGACAGAUUUUGGCCUUUGUAAAGAAGGUAUAGAGGCAGAGGGAACCACUACUACUUUCUGUGGGACUCCAGAGUACUUGGCACCAGAGGUUCUGCGUAAGGAACCAUACGACAGGACAGUGGACUGGUGGUGUCUGGGAGCAGUGCUCUAUGAGAUGAUCUAUAGCCUGCCUCCUUUUUACAGCCGUGAUGUCAGUGAAAUGUAUGAUGGAAUCCUUCACAAGCCACUGCCGCUGCCCCCUGGGAAAUCUGACGCUGUCUGCUCUCUGUUGGUGGGCCUUCUGCAGAAGGACCAGCACAGGCGCCUUGGGGCCAUCGCUGAUUUUCUGGAAAUAAAGAACCAUACGUUUUUCAGUCCAAUUAACUGGGAUGACCUUUACCACAAGAGAACCACUCCUCCUUACAACCCUAAUGUGAGGGGCCCAGCUGACACCCAGCAUAUUGAUCCAGAGUUCACCAGAGAAUUGGUUCCUAACUCUGUGAGUCGAACCCCAGAGCUCAGUGCUGGAAACAGCUCUAACAAUGCCUUCAAUGGCUUCUCAUUUGUUGCCACUGAGGACAGUUUUCUGUGAGGCUUGCAUGAGUUAUUGACCUCUAUGACCGAAGACCGCAUGAAAAUAAAUGCACCUUGUGUACAGAGAAGAGCUCCGGAAUGGCAUUAAUCACAACAGCACAUAGAAGAUACUCCAAAUGGUGUGGAUCACUUCAACACAUUUUGAGAUUGUUUUGACAAAAAGGAAUCAUGCCACAAAUGAAGAUAGUUGAGAUGAAGUAUAUGUAAAACCUUUGUAUUAUUAUUCUGAAGUCCAAGGUCUUUUCCUGGAAAACCAUGGAUAAUCUUUAGAUCGAUAUCUUAAAUAUGAACUGAAGGAAUGUAGAAUAUUAAAUUUAUCACACAUGCUUCUCUUUCAUCCAAUUCAAAAGCUUCCACUGAUUCAGUGGUCUGUUUGAAAAUUUCAUAAAAAGCAUUAAAAUGUGCUCUUGCACUGGCUUAUA